UUUUUGCCGCGGUCGCUGGUGGACGUAAUUUGUCUUAAACCUUUAGGUGGUUGUUUUGUAUUUGGUUUCGCGAUUUCUUAGAACUUAUGUUUGCAUAACUUUGUUUUGCGAUAGCUGCUACGUUGUGCUAAAAUUGUGGAUUGAAAUCGUAAAGGAUUGUUUACUAAUGUGUUAGAUGUUUGCUAAUUUUUUGUUGUGUUUAAUUUUACAUCGUGCGGUUGUAUCGCUGAUUUGUGUGUAGGUUUAUCAAGUUCGAUGAAUGUUUGAAAGUUGCAACUGAUUGACCGACAUCCAUGCGAAAAUAAACGGUAAAGUUGAAGUGCAUUGUCUGUGCCAAUUGUAUGUAAAUAACCGGAGUGUGAAUUGUUAAGGCAUUUUCAAACUAAGUGUUUCCAGAUAGAGUGAUUUUUCGUAUCCGUGUAACAAAUAGGAAACUUACGUUUAUACGUACACGAUCUAACUUCUACCCCGAAAAUUGAAUUGUGUCAAUCACCUUGUCAGUGAAUCAAAUGAAAUAGUUAACCCCUAAGGAGUGAACCCGUGCAAAAAAAAAAGUUCUCCGCAUGUAAACCAAUGUUCUAAAACGAAGUCGUUCAUAGAACUACAAAGUGCAAAAAAAAUCGCGACGCUGCUGGAGCGCAAUAGCAUACAGCUGUGAAAUCCAUUCCUGCCGGAAGAAAUCGUGCGGUUUGCCAGUCGGGAAUCGAUACGGUGUGUGUCUGAAACUAGUGUACGAACAGUAGCGGCGCUGUCGAUAGUCUACUCCACUUGAAAGGCGUUAGUAAGUGCAAUUGAUGACGACAACAACGCCGGAGACACGUGUAUGUUAGUUUGUUUUUACUAACCCGAAGGGCGUAGAAAAGUGUGAAACCGAUCGCGUGCAACGAAACAUCACCGGAAAAGACAAUGCCGCGUUCAUUAUUGUGAUUCUCCGCCGCCCGAUGAAUUAGAAGACAGUUAUCGAAAUAGCCUAUCGGGCACGGUUCGACGCGGAAUUGGUUUCGUCGGGAGUGGGGACGAGGUACGGCGCGAGUUCGCGUGUCUGGUUUGUGAUCUUCUCCCCGGGGCAGCUAACUUGGACACGAUGACCGUUCCGCAACCGCCGUCAUCGUUGGUCCAAUCGAGCGUGAUGGCGACUGGCAUCAGUCCGAGUGCAACCGUGACACAGUCCGGAACCCCAACAACGACGACGACGACUGCUAGCGGUGGUGGUUCGACGACGGCAUCCGCGUUCAGUUGUUGUCCAGCGAACGGUGAAAGUUCGUCUAUUGGGGAAGAUUCGAUAGAGCUGAGUGACUGCCAGGGGAACAACAAUACGAUGUACCACAAUGGGUUCUUCGAAAAGGAGGACUACCACUUUCCGAAGAGGCCGCCGGUUGAUAUCGAGUUCAGGGAUAUUCGAUAUACUGUGAAGAAGCUCAACAUUAGCAAGGCAAAGUUUGAGAGCAAAGAAAUUCUCCACGGUUUGAAUGGAUCGUUCAACUCUGGGGAGCUGACGGCGAUUAUGGGCCCGUCGGGGGCCGGAAAGAGCACAUUACUCAACAUCCUAGCUGGUUACGUUUCAUCCGGCGUGAGCGGUCUGGUCCAAGUGAACGGCAAGAACCGUUCUCACAAUUCACAAAGCUUCCGCAAGCUGUCCUGCUACAUCCAGCAGCACGAUGCCCUCCGUCCCUGGCUAACGGUCAAAGAGGCCAUGAGCUGCGCCACCCACCUGAAGCUGGGCUUCAGCAUCAGUCCCGAGGAGAAGAAAAAACUGAUCGAGAAAAUCCUGUUCAUGCUGGGACUUGAACAGAAGGGAAAUACCCCCACCCAUGGCCUCUCGGGAGGUCAGAAGAAACGCCUUGCUAUCGCGCUCGAGAUGAUAAACAACCCGCCGAUUUUGUUCCUGGACGAACCAACCACCGGGCUGGACAGUUCCUCCUGUACCCAGUGUAUUUCCCUGCUGAAGCGAUUAGCGCAAGACGGCAGGACCAUAAUUUGCACGGUUCACACGCCGAGUGCGUUGCUGUUCGAAAUGUUCGACAAAUUAUAUACCGUCACCCAAGGUCACUGCUUCUAUCAGGGACCGGUCAAAGAACUGCUGCCGUUUUUCUCCAAUCUAGGAUAUAAUUGCCCGAGCUAUCACAACCCCGCCGAUUUCAUGAUGGAGAUCGCCAUCGGUGAAUACGGCGCCGAUGUGGGCAAGAUCAUAAAGGCUGCACUGAAAAAGUACUACGAAAUGAGCAGCGAGUGCAUUAAGCUGGAUCCGGUCUUCGACGAUGUUAAAACCGUUGUGGCGCGAUAUGACUUUGCUGAUGCCGGUUCGAAGGACAUCGAUUCCAGCAAGGCGGAGGAGCUAGACCCGCAAGGCAACGAGCUGUGCCCGGAGAUUGUCGAUAAUACGAAGCCGGCCUCGUUGAUGAUGCAGUUCCUACUUCUACUCUAUCGGAAUCUGCUGAUGCUGAGGCGGAAUUAUUUCCUUCUUGGAAUUCGUCUGAUCGCACAUGCUUCCGUUGCCACACUAUUCGGCUACAUCUACCAAGGAGUCGGUCCAAACGCCAAUCAAGUACUGGCCAAUUACGUCUACCUGUACGGGUCCAUGCUGAUGUUGGUCUACACUGGAAAAAUGGCCGUAGUACUGUCGUUCCAAGUCGAAAUGGAAUCUUUGACGCGUGAACACUUCAACCGAUGGUAUAAAUUAGGUCCUUACUUCCUAUCGGUGUUGAUCAUCGAAGUUCCCGUCCAGGUCGCCUGCUCCAUGAUUUACGUUGUCAUCAGCUACCAUCUGACCGGCAACUACUACACCUUCGACCGGUUUGUGCUGUUUGCGCUGUUCUGCGUCGCGGGAUCCAUUUCGGCGCAAGCAUGGGGUUUCUUCAUCGGAGCGACGCUCUCGAUUAAGCUCGCCGUCUUCAUCGGUCCGAUCCUGGCCGUCCUAUUUUCCGUGUUCGGGUUCUGCACCCGGUACGUGGACAUUACUCCGCUUUUCCAGUGGAUGUGGCACAUCAGCUACUACCGGGCCAGCUUCCACGGCAUUCUUAACUCGGUGUACGGAAUGAACCGCAACGACCUGUACUGUCCGGAGACGCAGAUUUACUGCCACUUCCGCAACCCGGUCCUAUUCCAAAAGGACAUGGACAUCGAACACGUGGACAUGGAGAAAAACUUCAUCCUAAUUGUGUCGAUUGUGAUAACGAUGUACAUUGGAACGCUGUUCGUGCUGUGGUACAAGCUGAAUAAACGAUAGGGGAAAUAAUUAGGUUAGUAUCGCAGAAGCUCAAUUCACAUUCGGGUAGUUUGUAUGUAGUGUUGUAGAUAGUAUGCAAAAUCCGUCAGGUACGAUGAUUUGUAGUGUAGUUAGGGGUCACUUAGUUGCCUUGAUUCUAGAUCUAAUAUAUUCUUAGUUGUCUCAAAUUUUCUCGUUAAGAUUGAUCUUGCCAUUAUCCACCAAGUCAAACAUAAUCCCAGUUUGGCAAACAACAGCCUCUCAGGUAACCAUGAGCCUUGUAUCGAACAAAAAAUCCAUUUUAUGCAAAAAAGUAUUUUAGAUAUGAGACAUAAGGCCUCACUAUCAAACUUAUGGUUAUCAGGUUUUUCUAUUUCUUGAAAAAAAUAAUCCCACUCAAAACAAAACAAAUUGAAUUCCAUGAACGAGCCAAUUUAAAAGAAGUGUUAAGCAAUCGUCUGUGAUUACGUGAUAGCCCAUUUUUCUUAGCUGUAAAGGUAACCGUAUUAAAUCAUAUUAUUAGCUACUUAUACCAAACUAAAAUAAACGUUGAUAAAAAUGUUGUAA